CAAGUAAGAUAUUGCGCUGCCGGUGGCUCUGAGCUCAGUCUCAUUCAGCGAGUCGGCGGGCGUUGAGUUUGAGUGCGAAGUGCGGUGCGCGUCGAGUCAGCGAGCGUUGAGCAGAAGCAACAACACGACGGCAACAGCAGCAACAGUAACAGCAACUAGCAACACCAACGGCUGCAACACAAGCCAACGGUUCCGGUUCGCGUUUUCGAGUGGCGUUCGGGAAAAAAAAGAAGAAAAUAAUCCCUUAAGAAAAACCGUCGGAAAAACAGGGCCCAAUUAAAAAAAAAAUGCCGCCCGUUCACUAAAGAUCCCCCUUAAUUUAAUCCAUCCUACUUGCUGGUCUUACCAUUUGGAAGCGUGGCAUGGCAACCACCACAUCCCCUGAACCCACAAGAACAACCAAUAAAGUUUCUAUACCAGGAACCGCAUCUGGAAUUUCCGGGCGCACUGAAUCCCCGGUAGCAAUCAUGCCCAUGGCCGCCGUGCCAUUGCCGUCGCAUCUACAACUUUUGGGCAGUUCCGCUGGCGGCAUUGGUCAGCCGUCGGCAAUCACGCCCGUUUCGCCCACGGCGGCGACGACAGUUCUCGCCCAACCGCACAGUUUGAGCCCCUCCACGCCCAUCCUGACCCAGGGAACACCCCCUGCGCCAACGCUGGGUGGCAUCUUCUGCGGAGGCACUGCACCAGCUGGACCUGGAGCUGCAGGGGCAGCAGCAGCGGCGGCGGCUACAAAUCUCAAUGCCUUGGCCUCCCAGCAUCGAUUACUAGAGCUAUCCCGCUUUGGACUUCGAGGAUAUGAUCUGGCCCAGCAUAUGCUAUCCCAACAAGGAGCUGUAUCCAAGCUGCUGGGCACACUACGACCACCAGGCCUAAUUGGCGGCUCCAAGCCCAAGGUGGCCACCCCGACUGUGGUCUCCAAGAUCGAGCAGUACAAGCGCGAGAAUCCGACGAUCUUCGCGUGGGAAAUCCGCGAGCGACUGAUCACCGAAGGUGUCUGCACCAAUGCCACAGCUCCUUCAGUAAGCAGCAUCAAUAGAAUCUUGCGGAAUCGGGCUGCUGAAAGGGCAGCAGCGGAGUUCGCCAGGGCUGCGAGUUAUGGCUAUGCGAUUCAUCCAACGCAUCCUCAUCCUUACACCAGUUUUCCCACUUGGCCAGCGCAUCAUCCGCUUUGGGGUGCAGUUCCAAUGCCCGCGGGAUCCAGUGGAGCCCUGCAACCGGGCGGAAGUGGCAGUAGUUACGGCAGUGAUGGCAACAUGAGCUCAAAUCCCAAUAGCAGCAACAGCAACACCACCCACAGCAAUGGCAACAACACCAACAAUGGAAGUGGCUGUGGAGAUAGUAGUGCGGGAAGUGGACGGCUUUCCCUGCCGGCCCUUUCCCCUGAUUCGGGAAGCCGGGAUAGCCGGUCACCCGAUGCGGAUGCCAAUAGGGUGAUAGACAUCGAAGGCGAAGACAGUGAUUCGCAGGACAGUGACCAGCCAAAGUUCCGGCGCAACCGCACCACCUUUAGUCCGGAGCAGCUGGACGAGCUGGAGAAGGAGUUCGACAAGUCACACUAUCCAUGUGUGAACACCCGCGAAAAACUGGCUGGCCGGACGGCCUUGAGCGAAGCCAGGGUGCAGGUUUGGUUUUCCAACAGACGAGCGAAAUGGCGGCGCCACCAGCGGGUCAACUUGCUCAAGCAGCGCGACUCGCCAUCGACGUCGAGCUCACCCACGCCGGUGGUCAGUCCGGUGGCUUCAGCUCCGGCUCCAGUACCAGAUUCUGGCCAGCCGAAGCAGCCAUAUCCCUACAAUCGCAACGGAGGGAGCAACACCAGCAGCAACAACAUCUGCAACACCAGCAAGAGCAUCAGCAACAGCAGCAGCAACAUCGCCAAUCACGGCAACAACAUGAGCAACAGCAACAUGGACAGCAGCAAGCACGUGGUAGAGCCAGCGGUGGUGGCAACUGUCUCACCCACAGCAUCAGCUCCAUUAUCAAUGGGCGGUGAGAACAGUGCCUUCCGAGCUUUACCCAUGAACUUGCCGAUGCCGAUGCCCAUGACUUUGCCCUCGGCUUCGGCGGCGGCCUUUGCCCUUAGCUUUGCCCGCCAGUACAUAGCCAAAUAUAUGGGUACACCUAGCAAUCUGGGUCAUAAUCCAGGCCGCAGUACUAAUCAGCGGGAACAGACGGAAGGGGAGGAUGAGGAGGACGAAGAAGUUGAGGUUAUCAACGUGGAGCACGACGCCGAGUGACCAUUUUUCCUAUCGCUUUAAAUCGAGAAUUUAGUGCAAUUUUUACUUAAUUUAUUCAGUUUCUACCACAACUAACCGCGUGCUGAGUACAAAUAAAAUCGAAACGAUGACAUGCGUGCGAUAA